AUCACCAACAUGGCGGCUCAAACCGCACUACCGGCAACGUCGAACGAUAUCAUCCACCGCGAUGCGCCCAAAUUCCCCGCCGUGGCUCUGUCAGCCGACGCUGCCCCGUUCACUCCUCAGGGGGCGGGCGGCUGGCAGACGGACGCCGAGCGGCUCUUUUCCCGCUGCGCCGCCAAACUCCGAGUGCUGCGGGCUGACUCGGCGCAGCUUCGGGAGGAGCUUAACCUGCUCUUUGACCAGCUCAUCUCCGAAAACUUCAACAAAAUCCUGGAGCCCAACAUCAACAUUGAAGCAGAGGAUGUGUGUGCCUUGCUGAAGGACGCCAGCCGUCUUGUGCCGCUGAGUCAAGAACAUUUGGUGGUCAAACUGUGCAAGCUUGAGCAUCACCUUCUCAACCAGCUGAAGGUGAUCAUGGAUGAGCAGACGCUGGACGUCUUGUUGAGCUACAUCACCAGAGCUUUAAAAGUGUGCAACACGUGGACACACCCGGGCGUCCUCCAGGCGCUCUCCACUGUCGUCUACGGGAACGGACCCCAGUGCCACCAGCACCUCAAUGACCUACUGGGUGAGGAUGGAGUCCUGCUGCUGUACAGCACCCCUGCUCAGCCAGAUAUGGAUUUACGCCAUGUGGCUCUCACAUGUAUGGCGAACAUCUGUCUCAGGAUUCCCGGUCAGCCGCCGCUGGACGAGGAGCACAAGAGUGUGUGUUUCUCAGUCUUCCUGAAAACACUGCAGGCGCCCAAACCCUCCAACACGGAAGAUGUCUUUUACUGCAUGGUGGUCCAGGUGGCGCUGAAAGGACUUCACUGUUGUCUCUCUGGUGGGAAGUGGAAGUUUGGCGGAGGGGAGGAGGUCGGAUCGGUGCUGGCUGCCCUGAAGAAGCUCAUGUUCCAAGGAGCUCCGGGCGUUAGCGCGGACUGGCCGUCCAUGCUUUACCCAGCUCCUCUUCCACAGUACGAGAGCCCCUCCCCUCACAAGCCAGCGGAAGCCCCAAAACCAUCAGAACCAGCCAAAGCGUCCGCUGGGAACAAGAAGAGGAAGUCGAGAGGAAAGGCGAAGAAGACGAGUGCAGAGGACAGCAGGCGGGACGAGGGGGGUGAAGAAGAUGGAAAGACGGCACUGCCAGCGUCUCACAAACUAGGAAGUGAAGCAGAAGCCAAAUCUUUUCUUCUCUACCCCUCAUGGAAGCGAUGCACUUCUGACUCUGAGUUUUCCGACCCGGAAGGCAGCGCACAGAGCAAGUUAAGACUUUCUCACGCUCGUGUACGCCAGGGGGCGCUGCACUGCCUGCUCGCCGUGGUAAAAUGUGUGGAGAAGCGGACUCUCUACGGCUACUGGUCUUCAUUCAUCCCGGACUCACCCGUUGGAGGACCACCGCCUCCCACUUUGCUCACCAUCAUACUCAAGGACCCCUCACCGAAGGUUCGAGCAUGUGCGCUUCAGGCCUUGUCGGCCAUGCUGGACGGCUCCCGGCAGUUCCUGGCGGUGGCGGAAGACACGGCGUCCCCUCGCACCUCCUACACGCCGUUCUCCUUCACUUUAGCUGCAGCCAUCCGAGAGCUGCAUCGCACUCUCGGCCUGGCUUUGAUGGCCGAAACGUCUCCUCAGACGCUCACGCAGGUCAUAAAGUGUUUGGCUCACCUGGUGUCCAACGCUCCGUAUCACCGGCUGAAGCCUGGCCUGCUCAGCUCGCUGUGGAAGCAGAUUCGUCCUUAUGUGCGGAACAGAGACGUGAACGUGCGCGUCUCGGCGCUGACGCUUUACGGCGCCCUGGUGACGACUCAGGCACCUCUCCCUGAAGUGCAGCUCCUCCUCCGUCAGCCGGAGGGCAGCACGGGCGGCGGCUCCCUCACGCCACAGGACGGUGCCCUCAGCUGGCGGCACAGGGAGGCGCAGUCGCCGCGCGCUCCUCGCACGCCGAGGGAGGUGGACGGUGCCCCGCCGUGGCUGCUGACGCUGUGCGCCUCGCUGGUGACUCAGCCUAGGGGCGACCAAUCGGACAGCGAGGGGGGCGCGGUGGGGGCCUUGGAGCCGUCGCCCGUUCGGCUGGAGGCCCUGCAGGUGCUGUCCCACCUGGUGCGAGGUUACAUCUCUCUGGCUCAAGCCAGCCUGUGCGACAUUGGACAGCUCUGCGCCCGCUGCCUGGCCGAGACAGACCCGUCUAUUCAACUUCACGGCGCUAAGCUGCUGGAGGAGCUCGGAUCCGGAAUAAUCCAACAGUACCGAGCAGAGAGCGACGUUCCAGAGAGCUCCCGAGUCCCCCUGAGCCAAGUGGUACAGUUCUGGACGGAGGUGCUGAGCGGGCCGCUGAACGCGGCGCUGCAGAACGAACAGCAUCCCACACUGCAGACCAGCGCCUGCGACACGCUGGCCUCCAUCCUGCCGCACGCCUUCGCUCAGCUGCCCGACAAGACCCAGCUGAUGUGCAUCACGGUUCUGCUGGGCCUCACGUACAGCGACAACUACCUGGUGAAGACAGCGGCCGUCAGGGCUCUGGGGGUCUACGUGCUCUUCCCUUGUCUGAGAGAGGACUUGAUGUUUGUGGCCGACACAGCCAACGCCAUCCUUGCCGCCCUCGACGACCGAUCCUCGAACGUUCGCGCCAAAGCCGCCUGGUCUCUGGGCAACCUGACUGACACCCUGAUCGUCAACAUGGACUGUGUCGACGUGGACUUCCAGGAGGAGAUGUCCGACAUGUUGCUGCUGAAGAUGCUGCAAGCGGCCACGCGGGCGGCAGCCGACAAAGACAAGGUAAAGUGCAACGCCGUGCGAGCCCUCGGCAAUCUCCUCCACUUCCUGCGCGAGGGUCAGCUGAGCCGCUCUGCUUUCCAGCGCCCGCUAGAGGAUGCUGUGCGAGCGCUGGUCAAAACUGUCCAGUCUGUCGCCACCAUGAAGGUCCGAUGGAACGCCUGCUACGCUUUGGGAAACGCUUUCAGGAACCCCGCCCUGCCGCUUGACUCCGCCUCCUGGUCUGGCGAUGCGUUCGCCUCCCUCUGCAACGUGGUCACGUCCUGCAAGAACCUCAAAGUGCGUAUCAAGUCGGCCGCCGCCCUCGCCGUCCCCGCCCACCGCCGCUGCUACGGGGACGAUGAGCGCUUCGGCCGCGUUUGGCACUCGCUGGCCACAGCGCUGGAGACCAGUGAGGACAUGCACGACUUUCUGGAGUACCGCUACAGCGCCACCUUGCGCCACACGCUCUCGCGGGCGCUGCUCCACCUGCUCCACCUCAGCCUCCCACAGGACUUGCCUGCCAUCUGUGCCUCGCUGACCGGCGAGGAGGGGAGGGGCAUCAGGGAGCACUUGAUCAAGUACCUUCAAGCCGAAGGGGGAGGAGAGGGAGAGAAAGACGCCGGGGGGGACACUUUAAACUGUCAGCAGAGAGUCCAGACUCUGCAGCUGACGACCACCCGACUGAAGGCGAUGAAGACUGAAGAGGAGGAGAGCAGUAAAGACGCGCUGAUUUUCUUCUUGGAAGAUUUGCUGAAAGCCUGCAAGGGGCCGUGAUGAACUGUUGUCACACCACAAUAUCAUGAACAUUAUGUGCCUUCAAAGACUCAUUCACUCUAAAUGCACCAUUAAAAAAAAAUCCUGACAUUUGAUUUGUUAUUUUUUUGCAAAAUAAAGACUCAGUUUCAGUUUACAUUAU